AUCAUCUUAUCAUCAUCAUCAUCAUCAUAAUGGUGGUGGUCAAUAUCCAAAAACAUUUCAAUCACUGCCAACAUCAUCAAAUUUAAGAUUUGCUUCUUCGGCUUCUUCAGCUGCUGCUGCUGCUUUGGUAUCGCCAACUUCAUGGACAUCAUCGUCGACAAGAUCUUCAAGACCAUAUUAUCAACGAAAAUUUUUUCGUCCAUUUCAUACGUUACAAACAGGGAGAAAUUCCUUGAAAUCAUCGAAUAAAGAUAAUAUUUUUGCAGCAAGUGAACAAUCAAUAAUCCAAAGAUCCGCUCAUCAACAAAAUUCGAAUCAUUCGACAAAACAAUCGAUACUAUCGAUAAAUAAUACUGCCAUUCCAUUCGAAUCAUUUGAUGAUUCUUUAAUUGUUCGAUCAAUCGACGAUGAUGACCAGGAUUCAAUCGAUUAUAACGAUGAUAAUGAUGAUGAAAUGGAUCAAGAAUCCGAUGAUAAUGAUCAAAUGAUUAAAAUGAAUCGUUUAAAAUCCGAAUCAUCAAUAUUAUCGAUACGUUUGAUUGAUCGUAUACGUUCAUAUCCAUUUAAUGAUAAUAAUGAUAUGGAAUUAAAUCAUUGUAAUCAAUUAAUUUCAUAUGAUUUAAAAUUAAAUCAAACAUCAUCAUCAUCAUUACGACCAAUCAUGGAACAACGUAUUGUAAUUGAAACGGAACAUUUAGAACUUUAUCUACGAAUUUAUUCAUCAUCAUCAGCAACAACAAAUCAUCAUCAAAAAUCAUUUGUUCUCGAUUCUUCUUCAUCAUCAUUGAAUGAAUCGAUGACCAAUGUUGAUAAUGGUAAUGAUAAUAACGAUGGUAAUGGUAAUGAUAAUGGUGACGGCAAUUGUCGACAAAUGCUUCAAACACAAUUAUUAUCAACAAAAUCAUCGAUAUUCGAUUUAUCUACAAAUACAUUUAACGUUAGCUGCCAUCUAGUGUACGGACCUCAAUUUCAAUGUGUUCUAUUUACCUUUACAACUCAUCAUUUUUCAUCAAUUUUUCGUCAUUCAACAAUGUAUCAAAAAGAACAAUUUUGUGGUAUGACUGUUUUGAAAUUUGUAAGUUAA